AUGAAAAAAUAUCACGUGUAUGAACGAAAGAAUAGCUGGAGAGAUUUGGCUGGUCUACCUGUCCACCUUGAGUUAGCCUCGUUGUUUAGGCGGGAGAGUUUUGCAGCGAUAAACACAAUGGAUCCAGCCAAAUUGCGGAAUUUCAGAGUUGGUAGAGCUCUUAGAGCUAUGGGAAUCGCAACUGUUGUGUCAACUGUGGUGACGGGAGUCGUCGUGUAUAUGUAUACUAAGGAAGAGAUUUCAACUAUCAGGAAAUUCUACCAUUCUUACGACCCUCAGUUGGAAUGGAAUGUUUUAUUGAAUUCUGGAAUAUUGAAAACUGUCAACAAAGAUGGAAGCCUUGUCGAUUUGGAAGACUAAAAUUGUGUAGUCCUACUAAUGCAUGUAAUAUGCCUAUAAAUUUUUGUUUUGAAAAAAAUUGUUUAGCAGACAGACGUAUCGACUUCUUUUAGGUCAGUCCGUCAUAUUCAACUUAGAAUACUGAAUAAAUGUGGAUCUACCCAAGUUGCCGCAAUACAUCAUAUUAACCCAAUCGGUCACGACCACAACGCAAUCCAGUUUUCCUUUAUGCACUCAGUCAAUGGCAGUGAUAACAUAACUUUUUUUUGUCAAGGGGGAAGAUGAUGU